AGGAGACGUCGCGACUCGGAAGGGACGGCAAUAUGACGACAGAGACCACUCGCACCCAUCAUCACGAGGAGUUCAACGACGAUGAGGUGCCCGAAGAGGGUCAGGAGAAACACGACUGGAAGGCAUUGCCGGCGUCCACGACAGAGACCUCCAGAAACUUGGAGCACCUGAAGGAUUAUGAACACGGAUUCGACAACUUCUCGAAAGUCAUGAAUCGACAGAAUUUACGAUCGAUUGAAAACCGGACGACUCCGACGGGAUCUAAGAAGGAGACGCCAACGGACAGAUGGUUGGACGACCACUUCGGCUCCAGCGAUGAGAGCGAUAUCGUCGAGACGUCUAACACGAGGACCGGAAAGAAUGUGAUUAAUGUGAGCAGAACUGGGAGGACGUCGACCCCUAUAUCGGCGCUGUCCGGAGAUUACCGUUCAGUCGACCGCAAGAGUCGAUCGCAACAAAAGACCUCAAAAUCGGGACAAAGAUAUACGUCGACCGCUAACUAUUACGUGAGAGACUCGUCGAGGAGUCCAUCGCCGGCCGCCGACUAUUUCAGGCCCUCUUCGCGAGCCUCUCGUCGAGAAGACGCGUCGGUUCAGGCGUCCCUUUCCGAUGUAAUAACACAUUUGAUUACU